AUGCGUGAGGAUCAAAUCCAAAAUGCGGUGGGUUUCUUGAAUGACCCUCAGGUUGCGUCCUCUAGUAUGGACGCACGAAUCAAAUUCUUGGAGAGCAAGGGCCUCACUGAAGAGGAAAUCCAGGAAGCGUUGAAGCGGGCUCAGCAGUCUCCAGCUCCGACCGUUUCGACCGCAGUGGGUAGCCCUGCUCCUGUUAGCAGUGUGCCCGGCAUGAAAGCGUAUCCAGCGCAGUACAUGAUGCAGCCACCCCCUGUGCCAAUGAGAGACUGGAAAGACUACUUUGUCAUGGCCACCGUAAGUGUGGGGGUGGCCUAUGGUUUGUUUGAGGUCACCAGGCGAUAUGUUUUGCCUAUGAUCAUGCCGUCUACACCAUCAUCAUUAGAGGCCGACAAGGCGGCAUUGGAACUCGAGUUUGAUCGUGUAGAGGCUCUCUUUGAACAGCUCCAAAAAGAGACUUCGGAAGUGCUCGAGGGCGAAAAGAGACGGCAAGACGAGCAUGGAUCGGCAAUGGAGUCUGUCAAAUACGCGGUCAAGGAGUUUGAGAAUUUCAAUUUAGAACGCUCCAAAGAGCUCAAGAGUCUGAGAUCCCACGUUGAAUCUCUGCGAGAAAUGAUGCCUAGACACUUGGAUCAGUACCGCGAAAAGCAAGAUGAGGUGAUCAAGGAGCUGCAAAACGAAGUCAAGAGUCUCAAGCAUCUGGUUUCUAGUCGUGUCAAAGGCAAUGGCUCUAAUGUUGGCGUUCCACCCGCUUCCAUGGUGCCUUCAUCAGUGACUCUCCCCCGCCCUAGUGCUGCUAGCACCAACACCAGCCCCAAUAUGAAUGUGGGCCCCCCCACUGAACCUUUUAUCCCCGAUCCAGCUGCCCGGAGUGCCGCUCCGUCGGUUGCUAGCAGUGUGCCGCCUGUCACUGCGGUUUCUGCCUCUUCGGCUGGCGGGCCGUCUAUCCCUGGAGUCACCACCUCUACCGAAUCUGUCACCAGCACCCCAGCAGGAAUUCCUGCCUGGCAACUGAAUGCUGCUAAAAGCUCUGAAUAG